CGCACAUGUCUGAUCAGCUGACUGUGUGUCUUCCUCUGCUGAAGGACUUCUGAAUCAAAAGCUCUUAUUAUUAUCUGCGCUAUGUGUGGAAAGUUGCGGCUGUUUUGCUGAAUAGCACGAAGUGGCGCAAAUACCGAAGCAGCGACUGACUUUCAUCAGAGGUUUAUUGGACAAACGUCUUUCCUGUAAUAAUGAUGGAAUUCUGGUUAAUCUCUGCUCCUGGGGAGAAGACUUGCCAGCAGACGUGGGACAAGCUGAUGGCGGCCACCAGCCGCACCAACAACCUUUCUACCAAUUACAAGUUCAACAUUCCUGACCUUAAGGUUGGGACACUAGACGUAUUAGUGGGUCUAUCGGAUGAGCUGGCAAAACUUGACACAUUUGUGGAAAGCGUGGUAAAAAAGGUUGCCCAGUACAUGGCUGAUGUUCUGGAGGACAGCCGAGACAAGGUCCAGGAGAACCUACUGGCCAAUGGAGUUGAUCUGGUCACUUACAUCACUCGAUUUCAAUGGGACAUGGCUAAGUAUCCAAUCAAACAGUCACUGAAAAACAUCUCUGAGAUCAUCUCCAAGCAAGUGAGUCAGAUAGACAACGACCUAAAGGCCAGAGCUUCAGCCUACAACAACCUGAAGGGGAACCUGCAGAACCUGGAGAGGAAGAACGCGGGGAGCUUGUUGACCAGGAGUCUGGCUGACAUAGUGAGGAAGGAGGACUUUGUACUGGAUUCUGAGUACCUGGUUACCAUGCUGGUGGUUGUACCAAAGACGAGUUAUGUUGAGUGGCAGAAGACGUAUGAAACUCUGGCAGAAAUGGUGGUGCCACGCUCCACUAAGCUGCUGUUUGAAGAUAAUGACAGCGGCCUGUUCAGUGUCACUCUCUUCAGGAAAGCUGUAGAUGACUUCAAACACAAGGCCAGAGACAACAAGUUUACGGUGCGUGAUUUCCUGUACAAUGAGGAAGAGAUGAAGGCGGACAAAGAAGAGAUGACGCGUUUGUCGACUGACAAAAAGAAACAGUUUGGUCCUUUGGUGCGAUGGCUGAAAGUGAAUUUCAGUGAAGCCUUCAUUGCAUGGAUUCACAUUAAAGCUCUGCGUAUGUUUGUGGAGUCAGUCUUGAGAUACGGACUGCCAGUCAACUUCCAGGCCAUGCUGCUCCAGCCUAAUAAGAAGAACAUGAAGAAGCUCAGAGAGGUGCUCUAUGACCUGUACAAACAUCUGGACAGCAGCGCGGCCAUCAUCGACGCUUCUAUGGACAUUCCAGGUCUGAACUUGAGCCAGCAGGAGUACUACCCCUAUGUUUACUACAAGAUUGACUGCAACCUGCUGGACUACAAAGUUUAGAGAUUGUUGCCAUCAUCAGUUGUUCCACUCUGUGUGGUGC